AGCACCAAAUAAGGACACGUUGUAUCUCUUUAUAAGGAGGAAAGUAGUUCCUGGAUUGUAAUAUUCAUACGCUGUCUCAAACGGUGAUUUAAAAAAUGACGUUUUUAUGCGUGACUUUACUAGGAAGACCGGAAUAAUACUUCAGUUUAGUGUCCCGGAAACCUGCAUUUGGACGCCAACAGGCCAACAACGGCGUUGUCUUCUGCUCGCAAUGCGGACUACGUAACAUGGCGGAUCGACAUCGAGGGCGCUGUUCGCGUUUUCCUUUUUGAGAAAGUGCUCCGAGUUUUGGUAAUAGAGGAGGGGGUGAACCAAACCGAGGCGGGUUGAAGGGUCUUGGCGUUAGCGUCACUUUCGAAAGUUUGUCGCGGUUCUCCAAACCGUAGUCUCUUAUCUCCAAACGGGUCUGGUUUGCCUACGUGUUGUAGCCCGGGCGUGUAGCCUAUGCGAUUUAUCAGCCAUUUCCGACACAACGCGCUCCAGCUCCUUUAGCUGGCGUUCAGAGACUCGAUUCAAUUGCAUAAAUAGAAUGUUACCGAGCCGGCUUGGAUCGGCACCAUCUGGAAACGGGUCCUCUUCGGGCAGAGGUAACACGGGACACGGGUUGGCGAUUGUCGGCAGCGGGAUCCGUCCCGUUUUAGUCAGAGCAGGGCAAGCUUUACCUGGGGUCUGCGAGAGUGACGGGCGACAGGGGGAGAGAGACGCCAUCGGGAUGCUGGGGGCUAACGGUCCAGGGUGUUCGAGAGGUGUGAGACCGGGGAACGGCAUUGGGAUGACCCCUCUACAGACCGCCGUCCAGAGCAACAUGGUGCCCGCGGGAGUUGGGUUGGCGCACGGAGCCAGGUUCGACCCGGACAGGGAAAGCGCGCCUCUGUGCAGCGGCUCGGACAAUGACUCUGACUCCGCAGAGGAUGACGAUCCGGUGGGUUCACUGGGGGACAGCCGGAGAGGGGUGAAACGAGAGAGGGGGGAGAUGGAAGCAGCGGGGCCGGGACAAGAGGUGGGAAUACCUCCCGGAGGUUACGGCAUGGUCCCGGGGGGCGUCGCGGGGGCAAAGCCGGGGAAGAAAACACGUGGGCGCGUCAAGAUAAAGAUGGAAUUUAUUGACAACAAGUUGAGACGUUACACCACUUUCAGCAAGAGGAAGACUGGUAUUAUGAAAAAGGCAUAUGAACUCUCCACCCUGACGGGGACCCAGGUCCUGCUACUUGUGGCCAGUGAGACGGGUCAUGUCUACACGUUUGCCACGCGCAAACUCCAACCCAUGAUCACGAGUGAAACGGGCAAAGCUCUGAUCCAGACGUGCCUUAACUCGCCGGACUCACCGCCACGCUCCGACCCCUCCACGGACCAGCGCAUGAGCGCCACGGGCUUCGAGGAGACGGACCUCACCUAUCAGGUGUCUGAGUCGGAGAGCAUGGGCGACACAAAGGAUACCCUGAAGCCCACCUUCACGGUAGCCAGCCUACCGGGCAGUACUAGCAGCGCCCAGUGCACCGUGCCCACCACCUCCACCACCAUGCAGGUGAGCAGCGGCUCUUCGUUUCCCAUCACCAACUACCUGGCCCCCGUCUCGGCGAGCGGCAACAUCAGCGCCAACGGCACAGUCCUCAAAACCGCCGCAGGCUCUGCAGGGGUCAUGCAGCUGCCCAGCGGCUUCACGUUCAUGCCUGCAGGCACUACUCUACCCCCUGGCACUCCCACCAUUCCUCUGAGCCAGCUGCAGCACUCCCUGGCCCUCCAGGGGCAGCAUGGUCAGGCCCUUGCUGCCCAGCAGCCUCCGCAGGGACAGCAGGCUGUCUUCCGCUUCCCUGCUGCUGUCUCCCUCGCAGGACCAGGGGUUCCCCAGCAGCUCCAGGCGAUCCAGGUACACCACAACGCCCAGUCCGGCUCCAACAGUGACGGCAGCCUGGACAUCUCCCACACCUCCACAAACUCCACCGCAACGGUGAGUCUCCCGGCAACCAUUGUCACCUCAUCAAUGCCAACGUCUGUUGCGGGUCACAUGAUGUACCCCAGCCAGCACACAGUAAUGUACGCCUCCACCCCGACGCUGACUGACGGGGGGCUGGCAGUGCUCAACGCCUUCUCCCAGGGCACCUCGGCCAUGCAGGUGUCCCACGCACAGGGCCAAGACUCAGAACGUUCUUUGUUUCCUACCUUAGGUGGUGUCCCUCAGGUGUUCCUCACAGCACCUCAAGGCACGGUGCAGAUCCCUGUUUCAGCGGUGCAGCUUCACCCAGUACGGCAAGAUCUGCAUUUUACAAAUGGUGAUUGGCCCGCAGUCGGGCGGGAGCAGCAGUAACCUGACGGAGCUCCAGGUGGUCAACUUGGACGCAGCACAGAACUCAAAGAGCGAAUGACGGACGGAGCUGUCCGAUGCAGACGGACUUGCGUACAUCUCUAUUUAUUGAUGCCUUCCUGCAGUGUCACACAUCACACUUGGCAACCUGACUUUAAAGUACAUCUUCACACACAAUCAAGGGCCCUGUGGCUGACCCUUGUAUGUUUUUUGGUAUAUAAAUAUAUAUAUAUAUAUAUUUGCAAAUGCAUAGGAAAUAUAUCACAACAU